AGGAGGAUCGAGAUUGGGCAGCUAGCGACAGUAAAGCACUUGCUAAGUAAUGUUUCGACUGCUACAGCAGCGAUGAAGAAGAAAACCGGAAGUGUAAUUUUUCCUCCUGCUGGCGAUAGCGUAAGCUACUUUGGUGUCAUCGUCUUAUCGGAUUGGGGUUGGCAACAGAAACAACAACCUUAUUUCGUGUCCAGCCACGAAUACAUAUUUUCGUUGGGGUUUCUGGAGAGAUGAACAACAACGGGAACAAAAGAGCUCCAACUACAGCCACGCAGAGACUUAAGCAGGAUUACCUCAGGAUAAAGAAAGACCCCGUGCCUUACAUUUGUGCAGAGCCCCUUCCCUCCAACAUCCUAGAAUGGCACUAUGUAGUCAGAGGUCCUGAGAAAACCCCAUAUGAAGGUGGAUAUUACCAUGGAAAACUUAUAUUUCCCAGAGAAUUCCCUUUUAAACCACCAAGUAUCUACAUGAUAACGCCAAACGGGAGAUUUAAGUGCAACACAAGGUUAUGUUUGUCCAUCACAGACUUCCACCCGGAUACGUGGAACCCAGCAUGGUCCGUCUCGACGAUCCUCACGGGUUUGCUCAGCUUCAUGGUGGAAAAAGGACCCACUCUUGGCAGCAUUGAGACCUCUGAUUACACAAAAAGACAGCUAUCAGCCCAAAGCCUGGCUUUCAACCUCAAAGACAAAGUAUUCUGUGAGCUGUUUCCUGAUGUAGUUGAUGAGAUGAAGCAGAAACAGAAGGCCCAGGAGGAGCUUAAUGCCCGUACACAGCCUCUCCCCUUACCUGAUGUGGUGCCUGAUGGAGACCCCCAGCAAGCCCACUAUGGCCUCCCAGCCCUCAACGGUGGUCCUGCCCCACUAGGGGGUGCCAACCCCGCUCCUGGCCAGCAGCAGGCCAAUCGUAACCAUGGACUACUAGGUGGGGCUCUAGCCAACCUCUUUGUGAUUGUAGGCUUUGCAGCAUUUGCCUACACAGUGAAGUACGUGCUGAGGAGCAUAGCGCAGGAGUGAGAGGAGCCGGUGUUUUAGGGCAGCGCUCCCCUCCCCCUGCAGGUGAGCCAACUAGUGGACUCGACAUUCUACAAACACACUACGUGGGGUGGGGAGGGAUGUUCAUUCCUGAUCAAACCCCUCCACAACCACAACCUCCACCACCACCACUACUACCACUACCAACAUGGACUUUGGAAGACAAAAACUCAAAGCCCACCUAGCCAGGAAGGACUGAGGGGAGGAGGAGGAGGUGGGGGAUGGACGGGAGUGGCUGUAGAGCCGGGGCCGGGGAGACUGGAGGGGUUUAUUAAAACGGUUGUGAUCUACUCUGUGCUUCUGUGGUUUAUAUCACUUCUAGAAACAAACUUGGCUCAUGGGUUGUGGGAGAGUGUAGCUCUGUGGGUCAUUUUGUUGCAGACUUCACAGCAGACAUUGAUUUCCUUUGUGAAAAUGAACGUUGCAUAACUGGAAAACUUGUUUGUUAAUUCUAAAUUGUUUGCCUCUGCCAAUCACUUCUUUAGAAAGCAUUCCCAUCUGCAUUGUUUCCUGCUAAUUCAUUAGAGGAAAUAAAAUCCUCAGGGGAUGAAGAGAUGAUUUGAUCCAGCUCCAAGACUUUUUAUUUUAUUUUUUAGAGUGACAUGAAGAGACCAAAUAAAUACAAGUCAAGUUUCGCAUCAUC